UGUGGCUGCAGUGACACAAUGCCUUACAUAGUUGUACAUGGAACUGCAGUAGGCAGCCAGUCUGUAGUGCUGCACUUAUUAUCAGCCUUCAUUUAUAAAGCCUCGUACUAAGGUGUUAUGGACGCUUCAGGAGCUGAUCAGCAGGAUCGAGAGAAGAUAAAAUCAAAACAGGGCAAGCAGCCUUUCCAAGCUUUAGUCACAUCCAGUGGUAAAGGCAAGAAGAAAACCAAGACGAAAGAGAGAACCAACAGUAUUAAAAAGAGAGGCCGUGCAUCUAGCACACCAUCAACUUCGGAUGAGGCAGAUAAGCACAAUACCAAAAGCAAGCAGCACCAGAAGCUUACUCCUCUUCCUCUCAGCCCGCAGGAAGUUUCCAUGACCAAGCACAAGUUGGAAAAGGAUGAAGCUGAGUGUGGGGCUGAGAAGAAGUCUUCUCCCAGUGGCAGAUCUUCUAGCAUAACACAAGGAGGUGGACUAAACGAAAGCCUAAGGUGGGAGGGAGCUCUUGAUGACCCAGUUGCCGAAGAGGAAAGAAUUCGUCAGUAUAAGAUCAAUAGAAGAAAACGAUAUUUAUUAGCUGCUCAGCAGUCCACAUGUAACAAAUUUAAUUCACAAGAUGGUCUUCAUGAAGACCUGAAGCUAGAGCCCAGUACUGUUCUCCCCAACAGUGAUUCACCAGCAAAGGGAGGCUACUCAAACUCUAGUAUAAUUGGGCAGAAUGGACAACCCAAGCAAGUGUCUCAGUUUCCAGCCCUUGUAAACAUGUUUAAGAAUCAUUUGUAAAAGGUCCUUUACAACAUUUUACUGUGGUGUCUCAACAGAAUGGGAAGACAACACCACGGUACGGCUCUGACCUUUGUUUGGCUGUAACUUAAGGGCAAUAUCAGUAGGUUUUCUGUUGGCAUACACUAAAUGGUUUCAAUUGCCUGGAUGCAUUUCUUAAAACUUUGCAAAUAGCUCCUCUUCCAAACAAGGCAUUGUUUUAUAUUAUUACUGUUGUACAUUUUAUUUGUCAGUCGUGCCAAAUAUAUGCAAGGAAGAAACUAUAAUUGUCCAGGCUCCUAAAAAUAGGUACAGGGCUGCUGUGGGUGGGCAUGAGGUUAGAGGUCCCAGUGGGACCCAGUGCGUUAUGUGCCAUUUCAAUAAGUUGGCCAUUUAGAUAGAUAAAUGGAUGCUUAUGAAGACUACACUUUUAAUUGCCUGAAACAAAGAUAUAAACAUGUAUUUUACUUUAUGUUUUAAUGUAUAUUACUGUUAUAGCUAGCCUGAAUAUUAGUCUUAAAGGGAUACUGUCAUGGGAAAAUACAUUAUUUUCAAAAUGAAUCAGUUAAUAGUGCUGCUCCAGCAGAAUUCUGCACUGAAAUCCAUUUCUCAAAAGAGCAAACAGAUUUU